CUGUUCUCCUCUCAGCAGUCGUUCUCCGGCUGAUCUCAUCGUGUCUGUCUGAUCUCACGUUAAUAUUCGGAUCGUUAAUAAUCGGAUCAAUAAUAUCUGGAUCAAUAAUAUCUGAGGAGAUGAAGCUCUGCAGAGGAUCCAUGCUGCUUCUGCUGCUUCUCUUCUGUCUGCCAGUUUCCCGGGCCGCUCACGGUCGUUUCGCUCAGAAGCUGCUGACCGACUUGUUCACCAACUACACCAGCGCUCUGCGGCCGGUGGAGGACACCGACCACAUCAUCAACGUCACGCUGCAGAUCACUCUGUCCCAGAUCAUCGACAUGGAUGAACGGAAUCAGAUCCUGACUACCUACCUGUGGGUCCGCCAGGUGUGGUUCGACGCCUACCUCACCUGGAAGAAGGAGGACUAUGACGGCCUCGACACCAUCCGUAUUCCCAGCAGCUACGUGUGGAGACCUGACAUCGUCCUGUAUAACAGUGCAGACGACGAGUUCUCCAGCUCCAUGGAGACCAACGUGGUCCUCCGUAACGAUGGCCAGGUCAUGUGGGACCAGCCAGCCAUCACCAAAAGCUCCUGCUCUGUGGACGUGGCCUUCUUCCCCUUCGACCUGCAGCAGUGUCACCUGACCUUCGGAUCCUGGACUCACAACGGCAACCAGAUGGACUUGUUCAACGCCCUGGACACCGCCGACCUGGCUGACUUUAUCGACAACGUGGAGUGGGAGGUUCUGGGCAUGCCGGCCAAGAAGAACGUCAUCCUGUACGGCUGCUGUUCGGAUCCGUACCCGGACAUCACCUUCAGCCUCCACCUGAAGAGACGCUCCUCCUUCUACAUCUUCAACCUCCUCAUCCCCUGCAUGAUGAUCUCCUUCCUGGCUCCGCUGGGCUUCUACCUGCCGGCGGACUCCGGUGAAAAAGUUUCUCUGGGCGUCACGGUGCUGCUGGCGCUCACCGUGUUCCAGCUGCUGGUGGCUGAGAGCAUGCCGCCGUCCGAGAGCGUCCCGCUGAUAGGAAAGUACUACAUCGCCACGAUGACGAUGGUCACCGCAUCAACGGCGCUCACCAUCUUCAUCAUGAACAUCCACCACUGCGGCCCCGAGGCGCGUCCCGUCCCGCAGUGGGCCGAGCGCUUCAUCAUGAACUACCUCGCCCGCAUCUGCUUCGUCUACGAGGUUGGGGAGAACUGCCUCGGUGGGACGGCGUCCAAGAAACAGCCUCUGUCGCAGGAGGAGUCUGAAGCCCAGUCCGCCAACGCCGCCAACAGCGCCAACAGCGCCAAAGGAACAAACUGGGACGUGAACGGGCAGGUGUGGGGGGGGAAGGUGGAGGAGGGCGGGGCCGGCGAGGCGCUGAAGUCCAGGCAGGAUGUGAACAACCAGAACGAGUGGAAACAGGAUCUGUUUGUGACCAUCGACCACUCGGAGGAGGAAGGAGCCGCCGGAGGAGGUGAUAGCGAAGCCUGCGGAGGAGGAGGAGGAGGGGAGCACGUGGAGGAGAAGAAAGGUGUCGGAGGUGAAGAGGGAGGCGGCACUGGGGCGAGGAGGAGGGAGAUCGUGGUCAAAAUGCAGUGUAUGUGUCAGCACCAGGGACUUCGCAAGAACAUUGAGUACAUUGCCAACUCGUACCAGGACCAGCGCGCCGCGCAGCUGCGCAUCGGGGAGUGGAGGAAGGUCGCCAAGGUGAUGGAUCGCUUCUUCAUGUGGCUCUUCUUCAUUAUGGUCUUCAUCAUGAGCAUCCUUAUCCUGGGGAAAGCCGUCUGACAUGAUCCGGCUCGCUGAGAGGGGGAGGGUCACGACUCGGUACUAGAUCAUUUGUUUAAUGUUCCAUUCAGUCUAAAAAUCCAUCUUCAUUUCUCAAAACAAGUGAUUGAUGGUGGUUUUGUUCAAAUAGUAACAAAUUCAGAUGAGUUAAAAGGUUUAACCGUUGAUGUAAACUCUAUCUGGCGUCUGGAAACAAAGAGUCCCACCAGGAUGUUAGUUUGAAAGAGACUCGGCAACAGAUUGGUGGAUACUUGAACAAAAGGCCAGAGAUAAUUUUAAAAACUUUGAAAGGGUUUUCUCAAAUAAUGUGAUAUCAGCUGACAGAACUAAAAUUAUUCUGUUAUAGAAACAUCUGCAACACAUGUCUUCAUCAAAUACUGACAUUUGUGUAAAGUUGCCAUUGUAAAGCCAUAUAAUGCUAGAAUAUAACGAGAUGUUAACGGUUAUAAAACAACAAAAAACGGCGUUGAGAAGUGCAAAGCUCCGCCACAUCGCCAAUACAUGUUUUUGACACAAAGGAACUUUUUCAUAUUUUUUAAAACUUCCUUUUUAUUGUGUCCGCACCACAAGAAUGAGGAGUGAUUUUAAUUCCUAGAAAGCUGUUUUGGGCGAGGAAGAGGAAACCAAAUGAAAUGUCAGAUUUCCAUCAAGUUUUUGUUUUUUUUCCACCGUUUGAGUUAUCUUCUUCUGUAACAGUAUAAUGGUUUCCACAUACAAUAGUCUUGGAUGGAAACAAGCAUUCAUUUACUUUUCCUUUUGAUGAUUUUUCUGAAACUCGUUUAAAAAUUUGUGAUACAUUUGGAUGGAAAUCUGGUUUAUACAGUUUUUCCAGAGCUCCUGAUAAAAAAAAUAAACUUCAACUUCACUCAUAAACCAAACUGACCGCUGAGAAAAAAUGUUUUAUGCAGCUUGAUGCGACAUCAAAUUUGUUUAAAAAUGAUCUAAAAAGGUGCAUUUUAAGCUGGUUUCUGCAUGGUUCACUUGUUUGAAGGAAAAGUUGAUUUUAAAGAUGAAACUCAUCAUUACAUGUUUUAAAGAGAUGAAUAUACAUUAUAUGAUGCGGCAGGCGACAUCUUAACGUGAUGAUCAACAAUUAAAUAUAUAUUUGUUAACAUUAAGACACGCACACACACACACCUCACUAUCAAAGUUUAAAAAACGCUUUGUUUGCCACACUGUGUGCUUUUUGACAACUUAAUGAUUAAUGCAGGGUUGUUUUUUACUCACUGAUCACAUUUAAAUUAAUAUAUUUUUUUAAUUUAUCAAUCCAUCUUUCAGUACAGUAUAUAAGAGUAUUCCCAAGUCAACGCUUCCUUGAAUUACCUGAAGUUUGAAGAUUUAAUUUAAUAAAAGACUUGAAAAUAUCAGAAUUGUAAGAAUGACCAAAUUCUCAUUGGUUGUACAAACAAUAGUGUUACUUUCAUCAAGUGUUUCUUCCAGCUUAAAACACCAGGCACUCUUCCGAAAAAGCCCAAAGCGUUUUGUAACUCACUUCACAUUUGAACAAGAAGUGCCCUGAGAAGUCUUUAAAACAACAGCUUGAGUUUCUCCGCGUUUAACGAGAUGCACCUGAAUGCACCACAAAGUCCCUGUGGACGUCCACACCUGGUGCAGCUGCAGAGAAUCAGAAAAGAGACGAUGUGUCGUCUUCGAAGUGUUUUUCCGACAAACGUUCUCGGGUCUGCAGCGACUUAUGGUAAAAAUUGAGACUUUUUAGUACUUCACAUGUAUUGUCGGGCCACCCAGCUUGAAGUCGUGACAUCCCAAACAAACCGAGACGUUUGGUUACCGUAUGUGUUGUGGAGUUUAUGAGUGAAUGCACCAUGAAGUCCCUGUUGACGCCCCUUUUAAUGCCAUUUGGGUGAUUCUCAUGAACAUGGUACAGCUCAUAGCAAACUUCCAAGAGCAUUGAAUACAUAUUUUCUUUGACCCUUUAUAACAUAUACAAUCUAAAGUCACUGUUUAAUAUGAAUUUAUAAUCUAUUUUUAAAAAAUUAAGGCAUUUUCUGACAUUUUUAGAGACACUGAGCAAAAUUCAUUACCGUAACACAUUUUUAAAUAAAAAAAACAAAGAAAGUUUCUUUUUUCUUUGGUGAGCAUAUUUAAGUGCUUGCCAAGGGGUAGCUGGUAUCACCAAAAGGUAUUUUAUUAAAAUUUACACAGAUUUUAAUGCAAACGAUUCUAUCAUUACCGUAACAUUUAACCAUUUUUCUCAUCAAUUUUCAUUCAGAUUUUGUUCUUUAUACAUUGUUAAAAACCGUUAUGUUUGAUUGUAUUCUGUUAAAUUAUACAUUUUUAAACAAAUGUAUAUUUAUUUUUUAUAAAGUUUAUUGAAUUUUUUUGUAUAUAAGUGUGGGGAAACCAUGACAUUUUUAUCUGGACUCAUUACGGUAAUGAAUUUGUGAAUCAAAAAUAUGUUUAAAAAUAUAGAAAAUAUCAUUUUAACACAAAACAAUGAAUUGUGCCUCAUAAUGGCUAUAUUGUUCAUUCAUAUAAAAGUGAAAUAUAUUUAGUUUAAUAAAGUAUGUCCUUAUAAUCUUCACAGACAGAACUUCAUGAGAAUCACCCAUUUGUUAUUUACACACAGUAACUCACAGGGAACGCAACAUUUUCAAACUGACUUCAACGAGGCAGGAAGAUUUUUAAAGUUGUGAUGUUUCUUCGUCAUCUCUCUUUGAAGUGUAAGUUAAAUUAAGUACCGUAUUUCCUCAAAUAGUAGCCGGGGCUUCUAUUAAUAAAAAUCUGUUUGUUCCAUAUUGGAAGUACUGGGAUGUAAACAAACAAUGAACAGCUGAAUGUUCAUUUUAACAGGAUUUAAAAUGUCUAAACUAGUAAAAAGCCCAGCAGAACGUGUGUAAACGGCUGGACUUUCCAGAGAAUGACUAGGACAGCAGAGAAACAACCAUAUUUACCUUCAGGACUAACUCGUGGGGACAAACUUCUAAAUACAGAAAUCUGUUACCGUCAGAUGAUGUUUCCUGAAUGGUGUUCUCCGUAGAUCACCUCUGGUUGGAGUUAGGAUUUCAGUUUAAGGUGAGGCCUUGUAGAGAGAACUGUUUGGGGUUCAGGUAAACCUGGGCUCAUGUUAACAACUUAAAGGAGGACUGGUUGGGGUCAGGGGUCAGGUUGGCGCAAAAAAAAGUCACAAAAUGAAAGAAAAAAAGCUAAAUUCCUUAAAAAAAGACACAAAAUGACCAAAAAAAGACAGAAUUAUCAAAAAAGACACAAAAUUACAAACAAAAAAAGACACAAAAAGACACUAAAUGACAAAAAAACCCAAAAUGACAGAAAAUAACUAAAUUACUUAAAAAGACACAAAAUGACAAAAAAAGACACAAAAAUGACCCAAAAAAAAUUACACAGAAUUACCAAAAAAGACACAAAAUUAUUUAAAAAGACACAAAAAAGACAUAACACGACAAAAAAAAGACACAAAAUGACCAAAAAAAAGACACAGAAUGACCAAAAAAGACAGAGAAAGGAGGACUGGUUGGGGUCAGGGGUCAGGUUGGGUGGAAAAAAAAGACAGAAAAAAAGCUAAAUUCCAAAAAAAAAAGACACAAAAU